AUGGUAGAUGAACAAGAUGGGUUGCUGCCAAUUGCAAACGUGGGUCGCAUCAUGAAGCAAAUUCUUCCCCAAAGAGCCAAAAUUUCCAAGGAAGCCAAACAAAGAAUGCAAGAGUGUGCAACUGAGUUUCUAAGUUUUGUGACGGCUGAGGCGUCUGACAAGUGUCACAAGGAGAAUCGCAAGACCGUGAAUGGAGAUGACAUCUGUUGGGCUCUGAGUGCUCUAGGUUUUGAUAACUAUGCCCAGGCUACUAUAAGGGGCCAAGAUAUGAACGAUAUCGGAGAUCGAGCAGCAAGUAUCUACAUGGCAAGUGAACAAGGCCUGCAGGUAGGGGAGCAAACCCAAACUCCAGAUUUGGAGUUUCGGAUGCUUGAAAAAGGUGACGGCACCAAGCCAUCUGUUGAUCAAGAACAUAAUUUGUUAUCAAAUAAUGUUUGA